AUGGAGAGCUGUCUCAUCUUCAUUCUCCUGAGGGCAGCUGUUGUUCUGGCCCAAACUUAUGAAACUGAAGAUUUUACUGUUCCCUACAUGGUCUAUCUGCAGUCCAGCCCAGAGCCCUGUGUGGGGUCUCUCAUUCACCCUGAGUGGGUCCUGACGGCUGCUCACUGCCCCUUACCCUUUAAAAUUAGACUGGGAGUUUAUCAACCCAGCAUCAAAAAUAAGAAAGAGCAGAUACUGAGCAACUCAUUGAUUGUGCCCUACCCUCAAUUCAAUGCACACACACUGGAAAAUGACCUGAUGAUGAUAAAACUGUCCAAGGCUGCUGCAGUCAACACCUAUGUGGGAACCAUAGCUAUUGCUAUGGAACCUUUAACAUCUAAUGAUUCCUGCUUUAUCCCAACCUGGAGGUGGAAUGCCUACAGAAACCAGAGUGACCCUGAUAUCCUGACUUGGAUAAAUCAACAUGCUCUUACCCACUAUGAGUGCCAGUAUAUGCUAAACCAAAGAGUGGCAGUCAACAUCAUGUGUUUCGGACAACCUCUAAGCUCCAUAUCUGAAAUUAUGGAAGUUUCAGCCGCUCCAGCCAUCUGCGGUGGGAGGUUGCAUGGAAUCUUGUCUUGGUCAAAAGGAAGUGUCACCCUGGGAAGUGAGGCAUUCUUCACCGCAAUCCAUCCCUAUGCAAGAUGGAUCCUAAAAAUCAUUAAUAGCUACUAA